UCGACCGACUCGCGGCACUUGCACCUUGCCUGGGCGACCUCACCGUGCAAGCAGGGCGGUCUCGGCCCGGACCUCAGGCUCCCACUCAUCGCGGACCGCAACGUGUCCAUCUCGCUCGACUGCGGCGUACUCAUUGAGGACGAGGGCAUCGCCCUCCGUAGCCUCUUCAUCACCGACCCCAAGGGCAUCUUCAGGUGCAAAAAUCACGUCCGACGACCUCGCCGUCGGUCGGUCGAGGGGACGGCCUGGCUCGUGAAGGCGUUCCAGUUCACCGACGAGCACGGCGAGGUGUGCCCCGCGAACUGGAGCGAGGACGCGAAGACGACGAAGGCGGGCCCAAAUGGCUCGCUCGAGCACUGUGCGAGCGUCGAGAACGGGAAUGUGCGCAAGAAGCGCGACCGCACCGAU